AGUUUUAUCAAAUUUGUAACAAUUAGUAGUUAAGUGUAAUGAAUCUUGCAAGUAUUCUGUGCAGUGAAAAACAUGAAUGUAUAUAGUUUAGGGAAUAUCUCUCUUAUUUUCGAUAACGUGAUAUCCAAUCGCAUAAAAAUACACAUUGUAAAAUCUGAAAUGUUCCUACGAUAUUUCAAUUUCAAUUUAAAUGAGACAUGUAUGUAAAUGUUUGAUUUAUAAGUUAAACAAUCCAACGGGAUGAACGUACCAAUAUAAAAUAUCUUAUAACAAUUUAUAUUAGCAGGCGUUUAUCAUCGUAUACAGUUGCCCAGCCUGCUGCUUGAUAGCGUUUAUCACUAUAUAGCAGUAUAGCACUAUAUAACAAGGAUUUAUUAUUUCUAUCCUUCUGUCAUUAAUCUGUGAUAAGGAAAAGAACUGGUGUCGUUUCUUUGCAAAUGCAAUUAAUUAGAUAAUAUUACAUUAUUUUCUGAUGACAAAUCCAUAUUAUGUAAGUUCAACUUGAACGAGCUUAAAAACAACAUAACGUUGCUUUACAAGUACAAGUGCAGAUAUUCAUUGAAAAGAACAAUCAACUCGUGUUAUAAAUAAUAAUAACUUUGAUUAAACAGGAGUAAUAAUAAGGUGACUCAAUCUUGAUGUUCUGCUGGACUGACAAUCAUGACACGACUAGGAGGCAGAGCCUCUUUAAUGAUCACCGUAAUGAUCAGUUUUACUCUGUUGAUUGUUAUUUAUCAUAUUCUCGAUAAUGAGGUCAAGGACAUCACGACCAAUAAAUUAAAUCCACAGUUUAAGAUCGAAGAGGUUUAUCCAUUGAGCGACCUGACCGAGAAUCCUCUUAGCAUUGCCAGAAAAAAACAAAUAGAGGCUCAAAUAAUGGGAAAAUUGAAAAGCGGAGGAGGAAAGCUAUUCAACGAUAUUAACUAUGAAAGAUUGCACGCAGAAACAGUUCCCUUGUUUAAGGGACAUAAAAUCGUGCAUUUAGAUUUAAAAGGAGCUCCUCCAAAGGCAAGUUAUUACAAGUACCUGCUAAAUUUGCUCAAAAAUUUAGGUGCCACUGGUAUACUUAUAGAAUACGAAGAUAUGUUUCCUUUUGAAGGAACGAUACAAAAUAUCAGCGCAGGAAAUUGCUAUACUAGAAAGGACAUUGCAAAAAUUCAAAAGAUAGCCAGUAAGAAUAAGCUUAUAGUCAUACCAUUGAUUCAAACUUUCGGUCAUAUGGAAUUUGUUCUCAAGUUAGAUCGAUAUAAAGACUAUAGAGAAGUUUCGAGGUACCCGCAAGUCUUAUGCCCUACUUACAACAAAACUCUACCAUUGAUAUACGAAAUGAUAGAUCAAAUAGUAGAAGCACAUCCUGAUAUAAAGCAUUUGCACAUUGGAGCUGAUGAAGUUUAUCAGAUAGGAGAAUGUUCCAGAUGCUUAGAUACAAUGGUUAAAAGACAGUGGGGCAAGAAACAAUUAUUUUUGGAUCACGUUUCAAAAGUGGCAAAAUAUAUAAAAAAUAAGUAUCCAGAUCUUGUUGUUCUUAUGUGGGACGACGAAUUUAGAGAAAUAUCAUCCGAUGAAAUAAUAGACAGAGGCUUGCAUUUAAUGGUAGAACCUGUCGUUUGGAAAUACACCACCGAUCCUGGAGCAUCGUUGACAGAUCAAUUGUGGAAAAACUACGCAUCGGUUUGGAAAGAUAUCUGGCUCGCUACAGCUUUCAAAGGUGCUACUGCUCCAGAUAGAUAUUACACCGAUAUUGGUUAUCAUAUGGAAAAUCAUCAGCGUUGGUUGGAGAUUAUCAAUAAAUAUUCUACUGAAAUUAAAUUUAAGGGUGCGAUAUUAACAGGGUGGCAAAGAUACGAUCACUUUAGCGUACUGUGCGAACUUCUGCCAUCCGCUAUACCCUCGCUUGCUGUAAAUUUAGCCAUCCUGCAAGCUCCAGACUUAUGUAGAUUUCCGAUAGAAGUACCUGCUUCAGUAUUACAAGCGCUAGAGUGCGAGGCCAUCAUUUUUCUAAGUAUUCCAGAACCUCAAUAUGGUUGGACCAGAUGUAGUUAUCACGGUGUGUCUAUUUAUGCCGCUAUAUUGCGGCUGUAUUCUUUGACUCAAGCAGUUAGUAAAAUGGAAGAGGAUAACACAUUUAAGGGAUGGUUGAAGCCGUACAAUUUAAAAUACUCUUUUUCAAAUCCUAGUCACGUAGAAAGAGCGGUUGCAGAACUGGAUAAAUACAAGACGGAGAUAAAGUAUAUUGAAAAAGAAAUAAGAACAGCUAUGGAAAACAUAUAUGACAAUUAUACUAUACAAGAAUGGAUAGAAACGUAUAUCGCUCCUAUGAACGAGAAAUUCACUCAACUAUGGGAGGCUAAAGAAAAGAUUUUAGAAAAGAACAUAUGGCCAAGAAGACCACUAACAAAAUCUAUCUUAUAGUUUAAUGAAUGAAUAGUUUCCAUAACGUGUAAUAUGAGACUGAAGAUCGCACUAGAGUAAAAACAAAAGCGACGUAUUAAUCGAGACACUUAGAAUCUUUGUUUUAUAAAGAGACGAGUAAUCGAUGGUAUAUAAAGUUUACCAAAACUAUAAUUUUGCACGUUAUAUCUCUAAAAUAUAUAGAAUAUGCUCUAUAUCUCAAUUCAAGCGGGUGAUCAAAUUCUAUCGACUGCACCGUCCGUAAAUUAGUUUUCCUUUUUUUCCUUUUUUGAAUCGUCUAACAAACAUUCGAUUGAACCCGUGAUCAAUGAAAACUGAUCUUAAUUCGUGCACUCGAAGAGUGAACUAAUUAGAGAUGAAGUGCUAAUUUAAAAAUUGAUCCUAAAGUUGAUUAAUUAUUCUAUCUUCUGAAUUGCUAUCUUAGGAAUUAAUUCCUAAUGAAAAGGCCUCCACUAACUUACUUGCUAUUUAUUAACAUGUUUUGUCGUUUAAUACUUCCGACGGGCAUCUUACAUUUAUGUUAUUCAAAGCUAAUUGUUCUAAGAAUACGCAUAUACCGCGAUCUUACUCAUUCUUGUUUGUUAAAUGACGUGUUCUUCCGUUGUAUACAUUCUGUUUUGUAUAUUUGUUUUUUUUUGCAUAUAGUUUUGCAUGAUUAGUGCCAUUAACAAUUAGGUAUAGAAACAAACCUGUGAAUCAACAAUGUAUAAAAA